UCCAUAGGUGCUGGCAGACAAUGGAGCUGGUGUGAUUUGCACAGGAGGAGCUGAUUAGCAGAGUUGUGUGCUGCUUUAUUUAACAACAACAACAACAAAAAGAGGUGGGGGGUGUGGGGAAGGACUGCCGUUCCUGUGCCAUGGGAUCAUAGCACUACUGGGGCUGUAGGCAGUUGUUGCUAGAUCUGAUUGAGAUAAUUGCUUGUGUUUUCCCAAGUUCUGCAAGCUCUCAGGAUGCUUUCCAAAGGUCCUUCAGAAACCUUAACCGGAAUAUACACACGUUGUUUGCCCAGAGGGCUAUUAGAAUGGCCUAAAAUAGCCAAAAGGAGAAGUGGGAUUUCUGUGUAAUAACAGUAGCAUUGGAGACUCUGGGAAAGACAAACUGCCAUCAGGAUCAAAAGCCUAUGUGAAUUUGUAGCCUUUGUGCGACUGCCUCUUUGUAUUAAAGUAGGAUACUGCAACUGUGCAGGUGCCGUGCCAUGUGCACGACUGCAUGCAUUGGUAACAAUUAGAAACACGCUGCAGCAAUAAGGAGAGGAGUGUUGGACUGGAUUUGAGUCAUUCAGAUCAUAACAAAAAGAAGUCUUGUGGUGUUAAAAUCUAGCUGCAGACUACAGUUGCUGCAGUACAAGUAUAUGAAAAUGCUGAAGCUAAAGGCCUUCUGCUUGGAUUACUGGCAGUUUUUGUGUCUCCAGCCUCUCCACGGUUUCUAUAAAAGUGUUGAGGGUGAAGCUCCAAGCAGUGAAACUGGCACGUCUUUGGACAGCCCAUCAGCUUACCACCAAGGACCGAUAACACACAGCUCAGCUAUAAGCCCAGACCAUUACGAUCAUUCUGCUUACGGGCUGUAUUCCGUCUCUCCUGGACAACAGAGAUCUCGGAGGCCGAAACUUCAGCACUCGACAUCCAUACUACGAAAACAAGCAGAGGAAGAAGCUAUUAAAAGGUCAAGAUCACUUUCUGAGAGCUAUGAACUCUCUUCAGACCUACAGGAUAAGCAGGUGGAAAUGCUAGAACGGAAAUAUGGAGGCCGUCUCAUAACUAGACAUGCUGCUCGCACCAUACAAACAGCUUUUCGCCAGUAUCAGAUGAACAAAAAUUUUGAGCGUCUUAGAAGUUCUAUGUCUGAAAAUCGUAUGUCAAGACGCAUCGUACUGUCCAAUAUGAGAAUGCAGUUUUCCUUUGAAGGACCUGAGAAAGUCCACAGCUCUUACUUUGAAGGAAAACAAGUUUCUGUUACAAAUGAUGGGUCAAAGCUGGGAUCUCUGGUACAAUCUGAAUGCGGUGACCUUGGAGAGUCAGCUACCAUGAAGUCUCCAGCAACAUCUACUGAUUUCGCUGAUGCAAUAACAGAACUGGAGGAUGCUUUUUCCAGGCAAGUGAAAUCCCUCGCAGAGUCCAUUGAUGAUGCGCUGAACUGCCGUAGUCUACAUUCUGAUGAAGUCCAGACUCCAGAUCAAGUCAGAAGUCGUGAACUGGAAAGGGAUAGCUGUGCUCAGACUAAACCAGCAAUCCACAAUGUGGAUCACAGGAAGCUUGAUGAGAUGACAGCUUCAUAUAGUGAUGUUACGUUGUAUAUCGACGAGGAGGAGUUAUCUCCACCCCUGCCCCUUUCCCAGUCAGUUGACAGACCAUCUAGCACAGAAUCUGAUUUGAGGCUCCGCUCAGUGAACUCUUCUCAAGAGUACUGGUCCAUGACCCACAAGGACGAUAAGAUAGACACUGAUACGAGCUGCAGGAGCACCCCUUCCCUGGAAUGUCAGGAGCAGAGGAUGAGAAUGGAUCACCUACCAUUACUAACUAUAGAGCCGCCCAGCGACAGCUCAGUGGACUUGAGCGACCGCUCAGAGAGGGGUUCAUUAAAGAGACAAAACGCGUAUGACCGAGGAAUCACUAGUCAGCAAGGAAGCCCAAAACAUAUCCCUCACAAUAUUCCUGCCAAGAUUAUAUCCCGAGAGGAACAGGAGGCAAGACACCGGCCAAGGCCUAUCGAUAGUCAUUUAGCUAUUAAUGGCACAGCAAACAGGCAAAGCAAAUCAGAGUCUGAUUAUUCUGAUGGAGACAAUGACAGCAUCAACAGCACAUCCAACUCCAAUGAUACAAUAAAUUGCAGCUCGGAAUCUUCUUCUAGAGACAGUCUAAGGGAGCAAACCUUGAGCAAACAAACAUACCACAAAGAAACUCGUAACAGCUGGGAUUCCCCUGCCUUCAGUAAUGAUAUUAUCAGGAAACGCCAUUAUAGGAUUGGUCUAAACCUUUUUAACAAAAAACCUGAGAAAGGAGUCCAGUACCUAAUUGAGCGAGGUUUUGUGCCUGACACUCCAGUUGGUGUUGCCCACUUUCUCCUGCAAAGAAAAGGUCUCAGCAGACAGAUGAUUGGAGAAUUUUUGGGCAAUCGACAAAAACAGUUCAACCGAGAUGUAUUAGACUGUGUUGUGGAUGAGAUGGACUUCUCAACAAUGGAACUGGAUGAAGCACUCAGGAAAUUUCAGGCUCAUAUCCGUGUUCAAGGAGAAGCCCAGAAAGUAGAACGGCUCAUUGAAGCUUUUAGCCAACGGUACUGUAUCUGCAACCCAGGUGUUGUGAGACAGUUUAGAAAUCCUGAUACCAUCUUCAUUCUAGCUUUUGCCAUUAUACUGUUGAACACAGAUAUGUACAGUCCAAAUGUGAAACCGGAACGCAAAAUGAAGCUAGAAGACUUUGUCAAGAAUUUAAGGGGUGUGGAUGAUGGUGAAGAUAUCCCACGGGAAAUGCUGAUCGGGAUUUAUGAGCGAAUCCGCAAGCGGGAACUGAAGACAAAUGAGGAUCACGUAUCCCAAGUCCAGAAGGUUGAAAAACUCAUAGUAGGAAAGAAACCGAUUGGAUCUCUGCAUCAUGGACUUGGUUGUGUUCUCUCACUACCCCACCGGAGGCUCGUUUGCUACUGCAGGCUGUUUGAAGUCCCUGAUCCAAACAAACCUCAGAAGCUUGGGUUGCACCAGCGAGAAAUAUUUUUAUUUAAUGACCUUCUUGUGGUGACCAAGAUAUUUCAAAAGAAGAAGAACUCUGUUACAUACAGCUUUCGACAGUCAUUUUCUCUCUAUGGAAUGCAAGUUCUUCUUUUUGAAAAUCAGUAUUAUCCCAAUGGUAUACGGCUCACAUCAGCUGUUCCAGGAGCAGAUAUCAAAGUACUAAUAAAUUUCAAUGCACCAAAUCCUCAGGACAGGAAGAAGUUUACAGAUGAUUUGAGGGAGUCAAUUGCAGAGGUUCAAGAAAUGGAAAAGCACAGAAUAGAGUGUAAGUACAAAGCUGAGCUAGAAAAACAGAAGGGAGUGGUGCGUCCAAGCAUGUCUCAAUGCUCCAGUCUGAAAAAAGAUUCUGGCAAUGGGACACUGAACAGAGCUUGCCUGGAUGACAGCUAUGCUACUGGGGAAGGACUGAAAAGAAGUGCACUGAGCAGCUCCCUUAGAGACUUGUCUGAAGCAGGCAAGCGUGGGCGACGCAGCAGUGCAGGAUCGCUAGACAGCAAUAUGGAAGGGUCCAUCAUUAGCAGUCCUCACAUGCGCCGAAGAGCUACAUCAACCCGAGAGUGUCCAUCUCGCCCUCACCAGACUAUGCCUAACUCCUCCUCACUCCUAGGUUCCUUAUUUGGUAGUAAAAGGGGAAAGCCUCCUUCCCAAGGUCAUCCACCAUCUGGCUCAUCACAGCAACCUCCGCACCCUCCAGUAAUCCCACAUCAGCAGCACUCACAGCAUCCUUCCGCCAUGCAUCAUGUAGGGCCAGCUGAGGGACAGACACAGGCACAAGUGCACUCUCACCAUUCGCAGUACUGCCAUAUGCAGCAGAACCCACCACCUUAUCACCACCACCACCACUAUCACCCUCCCCAGCAUAUCCAGCACCCACACCAGUAUCACCAACAUGUGCCACACUCCCAGCACGCGGCACACUCCCAGCAUACUCCUUACAUGCAGCACCCCCAUGCACAGCAUACCCACUCUCCUCAUCCUCCGCUGCCCCCUCCACACCCAGGGCACUCUUCUCAUCCCCAACACACUCAGCAUCACCAUGGACCUCCACCACCUCCGUCCACUUCAGCCAGCACUAAGCCCAAACACAGUGGCAUCAGCACAAUAGUCUAGAACAUAUUGACCCUCCUAAUAACUACAGUUUUAAACACAGUUACAAAGGCACUUACAGGAAGCAACAAAUAAUAUUGCCAUUUUUUACCUAGACAAACAAAUUAAUUAUGUGAGCUUAAAGGCUUGCUGAUACUAAGUAAAAUAAUUCAAGUUAGUGCAAUCAGUACUGGUUUUACUUAUCUACUCAACAGACGCUUACCAUCCAAUUCUUAUUUUCAAACUGCCUUGAAAACAUGCUGCUUGCUGAAUAUGAGUAAAGCUACCUUUUACACCAAAUCCCUUGACAAUUUUACGUGCAUAAUAAAAUCUUAGUCUAUGAAAAAAGGAAAAAAGUGAAACAGAACCCAGUGUUGCAUUCUUGCUCUUUUAUUGUCAAUGGGCAAAAAAUAAGUAGACCUGAUAUGGUUGAUGAAAGUACGUAAGUAAACUUUAUAUAAUAUAAAUAUAUACAUACAAAUAUAUAUAUACUGUAUAGUUAACAUUUGUGCUUGGAAAGAGGUUUUUUCAGUCCACAAAACUAGCAAUAUAGACUUUACAAGGAAUUCCACUUACUUGAUAGGACAGUAUAAUAGAUGAAUAGCGUAUGAAAGAGUAGACCAAAAACACUAAAUGUUAGAAACAAAUUUCAGACAUUUCAGUAUUUUCAUUAGAAGUCCUCAGGACUUGCUAAGAUUUCUAAGCAAUCAUUACUAAAUGUGCCAAGUAAUAUAGCAUUUAAAUGUUGUAGUCAAAUACUGCUUUGUAUAAAUCCUUAUUUUAUUAACAUGAUAAUAUCAUACGUAAUCAGUAUUAUAACUGCUCUGCUACUUCAGGUAAGCAAACUCGUUAAGAUGCAGUAAUUAUAACAUAGCAAUGUAGGGUGACCAUGUACCAGUGGUCAUCUUCAAGCAUUGGUCACACAAAUUCUUAGACACUUUAAAGGCUGUGAUAACUGUGAAUUUACAUGAUCCACAUUUCUUUUGUAUGCAUAUGAUUUAAUGAAAACACAUGAAGAGUUACAACAGGUGCAUGUAUACACUGCAAAAACAUUCAUCUCAAACAUGAAAAUUGCAAACUUCCAUCCUUCUCAGCUACCUUGCUUCCUGUCUACCAUAAUUCGUUAUUUUUAAUCCCCCAGUUAAGCUGAAUUCUAGUGUGAGAGUGUUUCCAGGUGGAAGCAUCCUGAAAUUUGAAGGUUUGUUUUAGAAUUUAGUAUAGGGUUUUUAUAUAUAUACAUAUAUAUAUAUACAUGUAUAUAUAUAUGUGUAUAUAUAUAUAUAUAUAUAUAUAAAAUUUGUAAUUCCAUGUAGCCAUGCACUAGCAACGAAGUGGCUUCACCAUUUUUACUCAUCACAUUUGCUAGUUUGAAAGUACCCAGCACUCAGCAGGCUGAGUUUAUGCUCAAACCCUCACUUUCAUAGUCCAGUUAGUUGCAAGACAUCACAUAAAAACAGGCUGUGCUGUUGUUGCUUAUGUGUUGUAAUCAAACCAUUUGCAAAUUUAUAAAACUUUUAUCCCUAAAUCCUGUACAAAGUUAUACAUGGCACCUACUUUGUAGUUUCAGCAUUUUGAGCCACUGCAAGGACUUUACACCUAAACAGUAGAGACAAAGGAAUUGCAACUGCAAAACUGUACCAGCCUAAAAGCAAACCUUGAAGAGGACAAGCAAAAAGUUCCAGUAUGAGAUGGGUAAAAGGAAUAAUAAUAAUCAGUCAAUUUUAUAUUUAAUAAUAUUUUUCAGGAAUAAUGAGGAAAUCACAUUGAAAUGGAAAGAAAUUGAAAUGCAAGUAAAAGAGUAACUUUUCAUUUGGGCUUGCUCAUGGAAUCUCUAAUAUUUGAGGUGUUUGUUAUUUUUUUCCCCUUUCAUACCAUUGAUAUCACAAUACCAGCAAAACUGCAAACUGAGCACUUUGUUAACCUCCACAGAGAGCAAAUACAGCAAUCUAGAGUUUAGCCUUCUGUUUAAAGCUGUCUACAUUUGUUUCCCACAUGUGCAAUAUGUUUUCCUGUUCUGUCCUUCUUUAAAUUAUCUUCAUGAAAAAAGCAAGUGAUUACAUUAUUAUUUUUAAGUAUCACUCACACUAUUCUAAAUUCUGCGGCUUACCUUAAGAGGGCUCAUACAGGUCCCCUGAGGCUCUGUUCCUUGCAGUUUAAAAAAAUAUAUACUGUUCUUAGAAGGGAAAGUAGAACUGUCUGCAUGUCAUCUAAUGUUAUUAGUGUGAGGCUACACUCUACAUAUUGUAUAUUUGCAAAAUAUAUCAGUGUUACUGUUGAUAUUAGUUGAAGUAAAGUGGUAACAUAUUUCAAUAUGUAGACUUUUCUUCAUACAUCUGUACCAAUAGUAGAGUCUAAUUGUAAUUUAUAGGUUGUUCCAGAAAAGAUAAGAGAGUCAUUCAGGUACAAGCAUCUUUCAGAAACUGCAUCAUUUAAUUGAAAUGGAGGUAAGAAUGGUCCUCUUCACUGAGUGACAGUCUGUACUUUCAGAUGCAGAGUUAUAAUGUAAGUAAAAUUGCCUGUGUACUGUAUAAACGCAGAAUACGCAGUAUGAAAGGAAAAUCUGACUCUAGCUGGGUUCCUUAGUUAACAAUGAAGACCUUAAAUGUCCCAGAUCUGCAUUUGCUUUGUUUCAAAACCCCUUUCAUUCAUUUAAAUUAGUUGCGUAUAAAUAUUCUAUACUUAUACUGUAAGCCACAUUUUAAUGCUUGGCCACUGAUUUUCCACGUGCAAUUAACUAAAUGUUCAGAAGUUGUCACAAAUGUGCAUGCUAAAAAACAUUUGCACAUGAUUUCAUGUACACCUGGGGAAAGAGUGUGCCUACCUUAUAGGUGCUUUAAGUUACAUGUGUAAGAUCACAGACCGUUUUGAGAAUAGUUUAAAAAACAAAACUGGUCAUAUAAGAGCACAGUAACUGUAAACAUUAUUUCAAUACAAUGAUGAGAAACAGUGGAAUUUUUUUUAAACUGUGUUUUUAUGUACUUAAACAAAUGUGUCUUGGUGUUAGAAUAAGUCUUAAGAACUUCAAUGCUUAUUUAGGGUGGUAGUAUAACCUCUCUGAUUCCAUCCUUGGUUAACAAUUGCUUAGAACAGCGUGGAUCGUGCCUAGAAUAGAAAAAUGAUAAUACUUUAACACUGUGUGGUUAAGAAAAAUUAUUUAUUCUUUUAGCCUGCAGGCAGGAGUAGAAUUGAGAGGGUUUUUUCUCAAGUGCCAUUGCCAAUUAAUACUGGUACAGAACUGCUUGGAGUGACCAUGGUUCUCUUUUCCCAUAAAAAAUGUGGCAAAAUAGUAAUGCUGAUUUGAAAAAAUGAAAGGGAAGCCUAAAGAAUGAAGAUGUGGCAACAAAAAUCUUUUCUGGGACAACAAUGAAAUAUAUAUUUGGGUUUUUUAUUUUUUUAAGUUAAGAAUGAAAUGUACAACAAUGUAAAAACAAAACAAAACAAACAGUUCAUCCUAAUAUAAUGUACGUCUUGUAUCGCUAAAAAGUCUAUCAUACAGUGUAGAAUGAUUUUCCCAUCAUGUACUGCAUGCAGCAGAAGCCUCUUGUUUCUUGAUAAAAUGAGCUGAAAGACAGUCAGCAGAUAUUUAAACAAUGAAUCUCUAGAUGUUGACUUGCUGUUCCAUAUGAAGCUGUGUGUUUUCUGCAGUUGAGCAUGCAUUUUGCUGUUCCGUUGUAAAAUAUCAUCGCACUUCUUGCCUGCGAAAUGGAUUAUUGUGUAUAUAUUUAAAAGAAAAGUGAAACCAUUAACAAGAUUAAAUUUGGAAAACAGAAAAGGGGGUGGUGAAAAUGGGACCAAGUAGGGGGAGUAAAUAAUUCUCUAAAUUGUACAUAGUGUGUAAAUUAGUAUUACUUUAAGUCUGCAGUCACUUGGAGGUUGCCUACAGUACCUAUCUCCUGCUAGGAACUUACAUCAGCUUUGAGUUGUAUUAAACUGUUAGAAUUAGGUCUUGAAUGCAGACUGUUACAGACUUCAGAAAACAUUACACUUACAAGAAGCUUCUGUUCUGGGGAGGCUUGAGGCCCUUUUGUAACUAUGGGGAAGAAAGGAGUGCUUUCAUUUUAAUAUGCAUUCUGUUUGUAAGUAGUAACAGACCCUAUUGAUGUAAAACUAUAACUGUGAUCAUGUGGAGAAAUCAAAUAAAUCAUUUAAAACUA